AUGCGAGGUGCUAUCUACUCGUCCGGUAUAGCCCUUUUACUGUGUCGCAGAGGGGCUACCCGCAUCUCCGUCGCGUGUUUCCGAACGCGAUAUUCGACCGUUUCAUCUGAUUGUACAGAGGAGACAAUUUGCCUUCCUAUUGGAAACAAUGGGGCAAUAUCUCUCAAAAUUACGCGACCGAGCGCGUUGAGCCGGUCUCACCAGGGGCUGUCUCCAGAAGGCCCAAAUGUAAUCCUCUACCUUCCGGCUGGACCUUUGUUACUGCAAAAUGGCACGAGCACGUCUCAAAAAUACGAAAACAUUGAAGUUGAUCACCGAAGAACUGGAGAUACCAUCACCUUGGCCUCUGCAACAUGUUCGCCCCAGCAGGUCUUAGCAUCCACUGCAUCUGCAUUGGUAGUCACAGUCAACUACCGCCUCGGGGAGAUGCAAACACAUAUUCCCCCAUCGACAGAUAAAAGCUCGAUCUCGCAAGAGCCGAUUGAAGCCCCAGACCAACCCCUGGGAUCAAGCAACCCGCAACUCACCUCUUACAAAUACCCAACCCCUGUCCACGACACACUGGCCGGAUUCGACUGGAUCCAAACCCACCUCCGACCAUCCAAACUAGCCAUCUUCGGCACACACGUCGGAGGCUCCCUAGCUCUCAUGCUAGCUCUAACAGAAGCGCAAUCCGUCCGCGCCGUCGCCGCCGUAGAUCCCAUUUGCGACUGGCCCGGUUUGGAUGAGUACUGCACGCGCGAAAGCACCAUCCCAACCCGCAAAACAGAAGCAGGUGACAAUACCACUCUAAGCUCAACAAAACCAUCCAAACAUAAACGCCAACCCAGAAAAAAGAACCCACCCCCACCAGACCUAGUUCCGCUCCUCCAAGCCCGCUCAGAAUUCUUCUUAACCCCAGAGCGCUGCUUCGACUCUUUCGCCUCGCCAAUCCUCUUCCUCCGCUCCGCAGGCCGGGAUGUGCCGCGCAGGUUCUCGCAGUAUCUCACGGGGCCGGAGUAUCCAGUCCCCGUGCUAAAGGAGACGCGGAGCACGACAGCCGCGGAGCAAUACGCAUCAUCGGAUGAGUCGAUCUGGGAUCGAGAUAUGUAUCCGGAUAUGGAUGCCGACGAUGUCGAUGUUAUUGGCGCUACUGUUACCCGGCGUCGGAAGGCACUUUCGCGCUGGCCGCCGUAUGGUCUGGAUUAUGGGCUUAGAGGGAAUACGUGGUCUGGGCCUGGAGAUGGGAUUGGGCGGUUGCAGAUGGCUUUACCUUGGAUUCGGGUGUUUACGAGGGAAGAUGGUGCUGGUUUGGCUGCUUGUUCUCUCUCCUCGUCGAUCGAGAUGAAGAAGAAGACUAGAGAGGGGUUUCAUGGGUCUACGGUUCUUGCUAGACAGGCUGAUGAAAUGGUCUCUGCUAUGCGGCGGGCUUGCUUUUGGGGUCGGGAGAAGGGGGUUGGGGAGCGGAGGGUUACUUUAUCUCUGCUUCAGAGUACUGGUAAUAAUGCGGGAGAAGAAGUGGGCGACUGGUUCAAGAAUGUGUUUCAAGGAACAAUGGAGAUAGAUUAA